AUCUUUUUAAUAAAAAAUGUGGUUUGGAUUUAAAAAAUAGAAUGAUAAUCAAAAUGGUUAAUAGGUUUAGUAAUUUGUGAGUCAUAGACAUAAGGCAGCACAUUAAUAAGGUGAGUAGAUGUAUAAAUAUGAAAUUAGGUGGUCUUAAUUUAUCAUUUGGUGAGGAUAAUUCUGAAACAUAGAAGGUGGCAGGAAGUGUGUUCAAAUAAUUGAGUGGGAAGAUAAUAAGUGGAAAUUUUGGAUCAUUGUUGUAAAUAAGUAAGCCAAUAGCUAUGUCAUUGGAUAUGAGUUUUUUACAUGGAGUAGCAUUGUAAGAUGAAUGAAUAUAAGGUUAGAGGACACACAUAUAGUAAUUUAUUAGAGAGAUGUAACAAAUUAUCAGGAUUGGAAUAGAUAAAAUAUAUAUCAGCUUAUUAAGUAAAAAGGAUGAUUAUUAAUAUGAUAGAUAUCAGGAUUACAUUGUAAUGGAGAGAUCACAAAAAUGAAAUCACCAUUAGAUCCAUUAGUAGGCGAGACAUUAUAAGUAAUAAUAAUAAUUUAUAUAUAAAUGUGUAUAGUUGGUAAAAGAAGAUGGUACAUAGUUUUAUGCAGAAUAGACUAGUUUUGAUCCACCAAUUUGUUAUUAUUACAUAUAAGGAAAUAAUUAUAAAAUAUAUGGAGAUGAUCGAUUAGAGAUACAAAUUCAUAAGACAGUGAAUUCUUUAACUGGAGUAUAGAAUGGUAAAUAGACGAUAGUAUUUGAAAAUGGAGCAAUUUAUAGAUGUACAUAGAGACCAACAAUGUAAGGAUUUAAAUAUUAAUAUAAAAGGGAGAUAACAGGAUUGAUGAUGGGAGAACGAGUAUUAAAUUGGCAAGGAAAGAUGAUAAUUGAAGGAUCUGGACUUAAAUCAGUUAUAACAUUUAAUUACAAUUGUGAAGGAAUGAUGUCUAAAAUCACAUCAUUUUUUAAAUCAACAGAAUAAGCUAAGAUUUAUGAUAUUGUAGAAGUAGAUAUCUUUUAAGUAGAGAUAGAUGAAAAUGGCAAGAAGACUGAGUAAUUUUGUAUAUUUAUUAUUUUUUAGAACUCUCUUAUAAUAAGGAAUUGGAUCAUGGUUAGAAGGUUUGAUAUUUGGAGAAGAGAAUGUAUGGUAAAUUGAUCAAGAAAAAAAGAAAUGGAUUUCACCUCAAGAGAUUUUAUAAUCUGAUACUACCAAAAGAGAUGAUCUCAUUUUUAUGAGAAAUCAAAGAAUGGAAGAUGCUUAAAAGUAUUCAUUUUCAUUUAUAUCCUUUUAUAGAGCUAAAUUACAAUUAGAAGAAUAGAAUUUUAAGGACAUUGAAAAUAGAAGAAAAAAAUAAUGAAUAUA